AUGACGACCAGAUACCGCGUGGAAUAUGCGCUCAAGACGCACCGCCGAGACCAAUUCAUCGAAUGGGUCAAAGGUCUCCUCGCUGUGCCGUUUGUUCUCUACUCGCAGCCCACGGGCAUCGUCGGGGAUGGCACCAGCAUCGCCAAGAUGUCGGAGGAGGCUCAUCGCCGCUACGCCGAAAUCAUGCACGACGUGGAAAUGAUGAUUGAUGACCACAUUGCCCGUCAAAACCAAGACUCCCGCAUACCAUCCAAACUGGGGAUGCUGGUCCCAACGGCCGGGCCAUUCUUCACCAGGCUCCCGCUGGAGGCGGCCUUCAAGUACCAGGACCGCAAGCGCUACAUUUCUUGCCGCCGGUACGUGGCGCCCUCGUUCAACGACGUCCGCCUCGUCCUCAACUCGGCCCAAAUCAUGGCCGUGACCAAUGGCACCCUGCAGCUGGCCACCUUUGACGGUGACGUGACGCUGUACGAGGAUGGUCAGAACCUGGAGCCCAGCAGCCCCAUUGUGCCUCGCCUCAUGCACCUCCUGCGCAACAACAUCAAGAUCGGCAUCGUCACCGCUGCCGGCUACACGACGGCCGACGGCUACUACGGGCGCCUGCACGGGCUGCUCGAGACGAUUGCCGCGUCGACGGAGCUGGACCCCGUGCAGAAGCAGAACCUCGUCAUCAUGGGCGGCGAGGCCAACUACCUCUUUGAGUACUCGCAGUCGUCGCCGCACCGCCUCGCGCCCGUGCCGCGCGCGCAGUGGCUGACGCCCGAGAUGGCCGGCUGGUCCGAGUCGGACAUUUCCGCGCUGCUCGACGUCGCCGAGACGGCCCUGCGCGACUGCAUCCGCUCCAUGAACCUGCCCGCGCGGCUCAUCCGCAAGGACCGCGCCGUCGGCAUCAUCCCGGACCCGCCGCACGUGCAGAUUGCGCGCGAGAGCCUCGAGGAGACGGUCCUGGUCGUCCAGCGCAUCCUCGAGAUCGGCAGCCUGGGCCUCCGCGAGCAGGCCGCCGCCGCCGCGAGCAAGAUUGGCGGCGGCGCGGGCGCGGCGGUGUCGCCGUCUGACAAGCGCGGCGUGCCGUUUUGCGCCUUCAACGGCGGCCGCGACGUCUUUGUCGACAUUGGCGACAAGUCGUGGGGCGUGGCCGUGUGCCAGCAGUGGUUCGGCCGCCGCGGCGACGUCGACGCCACGGGCGCGUCGGCGGCGGCGAGCACCGCCAUCAAGGGCGAGAACACGCUGCACGUGGGCGACCAGUUCCUCAGCGCCGGCAGCAACGACUUCAAGGCGCGCAGCGUGGGAACGACGGCGUGGAUCGCGAGCCCGUCCGAGACGGUCGAGCUGCUGGACGAGCUGGCGGAUCUGACGCAGAAGAAGCUUGCGUAG